CAUCAUCAUUAUCAAUUACCAUCGUUUACAAGUAAAAAACUAUCGAUCAGAAAACUCAGUUUUGUCUAACUCUUAGAAGCUCUUUUUCUUACGAACAAUGUGAAACAAAAAACAUGACAAUUUCGUUAACGAAAGUAUAGUGACAGAAGACUUUUCGCCCGUUGUUAUUGGCGCGAAAAAGAUGGGUGACGCUUUAGAAAAUAUUAAUCCGAAAUUGUAUAAGAAAAUCGAUGAAAGACAAGUUACUGCUAAAGACGAAGAUGAGGACAUAGCGGACGAGUUUGACGAGCGUGAGAUCUUCGAUCUUAUUAGAAACAUCAAUGAUCCUGAACAUCCCCUGACACUGGAGGAAUUAAAUGUAGUAGAACAAAGCCUUAUAGAGAUCGACAAUAAGGCAAACAGAGUUCAUGUACAGUUCACUCCAACGAUACCGCAUUGCAGUAUGGCAACAUUGAUCGGUUUAUCGAUCAGGGUACAACUUUUGCGAGCUUUACCAUCAAGGUUUAAAGUUAAUGUGGAAAUUACACCAGGUACUCAUACGUCGGAAGCAGCAGUGAACAAACAGCUGGCAGACAAGGAAAGAGUAGCUGCAGCUCUUGAAAACAGCCAUCUGCUUGAAGUAAUUAAUCAGUGCAUUGGAAUGAAAUAUAUCACUUCUGAUAUAUCUGGCAACGUAUAACCAUUACUACUGGCUACUGUCAGCCUCUCGCAGCCUCUGCUAACCUCUGUCAGCAUGUGCGGACUUCUGCCUGCCUCUGCUGGCCCCUGCUGACCAC